GGGCCGCCUGCCCGCCUGCCGGCCUGCACCGCCGGCUGGGGGAUGGGGCGGUGGAGCUGAGAGUGGCGGCCCACACGGACCCCCCGCUGCUGGCCGUGCCCCCCCUCCGGAGCCCGGCCAUGUCCUUUGCCAUGCUGCGCUCGGCCCCCAGCCGGUUCCUGUACCCCGAGAUCAGCAUGCUGUCGGAGGACGAGGAGAACGGGAGCGAGAGCUCGGGCUCGGACGAGAAGCCCUACCACCUGGACGCGGGCGGGUACGGCCUCAAGGGCGGCAAGCGGCGGAGCAGCAAGAAGAGCAGCCGGAUCAGCCGGGAGCCCCGGCAGCGCCACACGGCCAACGCGCGGGAGCGGGACCGCACCAACAGCGUCAACACUGCCUUCACCGCGCUGCGGACGCUCAUCCCCACGGAGCCGGCUGACAGGAAGCUCUCCAAGAUCGAGACGCUCCGCCUGGCCUCCAGCUACAUCUCGCACCUGGGCAACGUCCUGCUGGUGGGGGAGGCGUGUGGGGACGGGCAGCCGUGCCACACCACGCCGGCCUUCUUCCACCACGGCGGCAGCGGCGGCGGCGGCGGCAGGAGCCCACCCACGAGGGAAAGCGAAGGCUCCCAGCCCAAGCAGAUCUGCACUUUCUGCCUCAGCAACCAGAGGAAGAUGAGUAAAGACAGAGACAGGAAGACGGCAAUUCGAAGCUAGACAAUGAUGGAUUCGGGAAGGUGGUGGAGGAGGAGGUGUUUAAGAGAGAGACGGAACGAGGGAGAACCCACACAUGGAAAGCAACAGGACAGAUCCUUCCAGCCUGCACCAAACUGCCGCCAGGAGCUCUGUGGUUCUGCCCAGGAUAAACUUAUAGCAGGCUGGCCCGGAGGAGACACUGAGCACCUUCGGGGCUUGGAUUUGCCGGCGAGAAAAGGCAAGGCGGGACUCUGCUCUGCUGCGACGAGGCAGGCGCUGCAGGACUGGUGCUGCCACGAAGGGGGCGUCCUGCUGCUCAAGCCCACUCCCGACAGGGCGAUCCUCAGGGACCUUGAUCCUGCCGGGAAGCUCUUCUUGCUUUGUGGGUGGGAUGCCAGGAGGAGGAAGAGAGGCUGAAGCGGGGGUGCGGCACGGUGGGCUGCUCCGCUCGCAGAGCCUUGGGUGGGGCUAAGAUCAAUACAUGCUGGAGAUUCAUGUCAUUGAUUACCAUAAUAUAAACCCAAGUUACUUGUACAGUGA